GAUGGUAUAGAGAUUUGUUCAUAGAGAGUAAACUGAUGGAAAUGCUGCCUUUAGUUUUGCCCUUAUCUGGAAUGCACCUGACUUGACUGUAAUUACGACCCGACAAAAAGGGUCGAACAUUCCCAGAGUUAAUAAUUUCUCAGUGUUAUCGUGGUUAUAGGUAAUGUGAGGGCAGUUCUUUCAGUUCUUGCUCUGGCUGCACAGUCUGUACGCAGGUAAAUGUACCGGCUGCACCUGCUUGUGUCUCUAAUUUGUACAGAAACUCCAGCGGAUCUCAACUUUUGCAGUCACUUUCCUGAGCUGGGACCUUUAUGUAGAGGCGAUUCAGUUUGGUUGCUGAAACUUCAUCAUGGACAAGCCGGACAGCCAGGAUGACCACAAAAUGAACGACUCACAGAAAACCCCUGAAAAGAAGCAACCUCUCACAACCUGCCUGUUCAGCGCAGCCUUCUUCGGGGCACUGGGUUCAUCUUUUCUUUACGGCUAUAACCUCUCUGUGGUCAAUGCACCUGCUACGGGAUGCAUCCCAACUCUUCCCCCAGAGACUGCUGGAGAUGAGCACCAGUGCUUCCACAACCCUUACAUUAAAGAUUUCUACAAUAAGACCUGGAUGGAGAGAUAUGGGGAACCUAUUUCUCCAGAAACAUCCACUCUUUUGUGGUCCGUAACUGUGUCCAUAUUUGCCAUUGGAGGCCUUCUUGGAACUCUGUCGGUCUCUUUGAUUAUUAAAGUAGCUGGUCGAAAGGGAACCUUGCUGCUGAAUAACUGCUUUGCUGUGACGGCUACUUUGUUGCUGUCACUGGGUGAGAUGUCAAGGUCUUUUGAGAUGCUCAUCAUCGGCCGGAUCGUUAUGGGCGUGAACUCGGGUAUAUCACUUAGUGUCCUCCCCAUGUACCUGGGAGAGAUUUCCCCUAAACAUAUCAGAGGCUCCAUUGGCCAGUUCAACUCCAUCCUGAUCUGCUUGGGCGUGUUCACAGGACAAGUGUUGGGUCUGCCCGAGCUCUUGGGUCAGGAGUCCAGGUGGAACUACCUGUUUUCCUUCCUGGCUUUUCCAGCAGUGCUGCAGCUGUGUGUCCUACCUUUCCUCCCUGAGAGUCCCCGCUACCUGCUGAUGGAGAAGAAGGACGAGGCAGGAGCAGAGAGAGCUUUCCAGAAGUUUUUGGGGAAGACGGAUGUGUCCCAGGAGCUGGAAGAAGUCCACGCGGAGGCACGAGCUCAGGACAACGUGAACACGGUCUCUGUGUUGCAGCUGCUGAGGAGCCCAGCUGUUCGCUGGCAGCUCAUCACCAUCAUCGUCACCAUGGCUUGCUAUCAGCUCUGCGGACUCAACGCUAUCUGGUACUAUACUAAUGGGAUCCUACGGGAAGCGGGGUUUGCAGAGCACUUGCUCCCCUACUUCACACUGAGCACUGGGGGUACAGAGACUCUGGCCGCCAUCUUCUCAGGUCUGGUGAUUGAGCGUAUUGGGAGAAGACCCCUCCUUAUAUUUGGUUUCUCCUCCAUGGCUGUAUUCUUCAGCCUGCUGACAAUUUUCCUCAACUUCCAGGACAGAGUUUCGUGGAUGCCAUAUCUCAGUUACAGCUGCAUACUGGCUGUCAUCGCAGGCUUUUGCUCGGGCCCAGGUGGCAUCCCAUUUAUCCUGACUGGAGAACUGUUUGAACAAUCCUACAGACCUGCUGCUUUCAUGAUCGCCGGUACUGUGAACUGGUUGUCCAACUUUGCCGUGGGCCUCUUAUUCCCCUUCAUUCAAGAAAAGCUACAGUCAUUUGCCUUCCUGGUGUUUGUGGUGGUCUGCAUCCUGGGAUCCAUCUACCUCUGCGUUGUCCUCCCUGAAACCAAAAACAAAACCUUCAUGGACAUCAGCCAGAGCUUCGCUAAGAUCAACAAAAUGCCGGCGCUUUCACCUGGCCAGGAGAUGGAACUGGUCCUGUCCAUGAAGCCCGAGAACGAGAAAGCGCCAGAUGUCAAAAAGACAGAGAGCUCCUCCUGAGCUAACGAGCGACACUAAUUAUGGAAAAAACAGGGGCAAAAUGUAAGAGGUUAUAAGAGGGAAAUGUUGUUUUUAUAUAUUUAUUUGAUUGUUUUUCUUAAUGAAGUUGAAAUGUAUACUGUUUGUAUGUUUUGUAGGACUUGGAUAUCCAAGAAAACUGCAGUAUUACAAAACUAUUUCUACAUCUUAAUAGAUGAGGUAGACCAAAUGUUUUAUUUCUGUUUAUUGAUGAAGCUUCAUGAGGUCAUCCAAAUUUUGUAAUUUCCGCACACAAGUGCAUUUGGAGACAUUGCGUAUUCGCUUCCAAAGUAAAACAUGAAGAAAAAUGUAUAAGACUGCUCUACAGAAAGGGAGGAACCAAGAACAUUGGGUUGUUUAAAGACAGAAAUGUUUGAAUUUUCAUUUUUAUAAAUUUGCUGUGUAAUCUGAAAUUGAAUAAAUGUUUAGUUUUCUUCAGAAACUGUCAACUAAUGUUUUAUUUUUAGACCGAUUUGGAGAACUUAAUAAAAAAAAAAAAAACAGUCUAAAAUUUAGAUUGGUCAGGAUGUAAGUAAAUAAAUAACCUUGUGCAACUCAAUGUAAUUGCGUUUUUCCGAGUCACAUUUUAAUCAAACAGCGUUAGCAACCAUAAAUUUUGUAAACGCCCUCUGAAGAAUCCGAAUUGUAAAAAAUACAUCUGAUACAUUUCAGAGAAAGAGGGCCACAGCAGUGAUGACUGUUUUAGAUCAUGAAAUGUUAGAGCAGAGUGAUGAACAAUCCCAUCAACAGGGUCGAUGAUGCAUGUUGUUUAUCGCCGCGUCACGGCAGAAAUGCUGUUAGAAAAGUUGCAUGCAUUGA